AUGACUCUUUCCCUCCUUCCCUUCAAGUAUCUCGUUUAUGACAAGGUUGCCCUCAUUGGCUGGCAUUGCUUCCCAAAUGCUCAACAAGUUGCUUGCUCCUUCCACCCCACCAAGAGCCAUAACUACCUAGGUACUUUAUACACCAGACAGUGCGACAGACUGUCGGGCAUCACUCCUCACCUGGCACGCACCAAAACUCUAUGGUGCUCUCUUUUGUAUUCGCCAAUCCAGUCACUCAUUAUUUCCCCUGCUCAUGGACUCUACGAAUGCAAUACAUGUGGUGUCCAGGAGAAAGAGAAACUCGUUCUGGUCUUCCUGUUACCUUGCCCCAUGACAAUAGUUGCUGACUCAUGCCAUUGGGUUUCCAUUAUAUUUCGUGUAAGUACCACCGGCCCCGAGGGACUCAAGCGCUGGUGCCAAGAAAAUGGUGUAAUACUUCCUCGGUACAGAUUACGGUUUACGAAGCUGAAAGCUUCUGUCGACGGCUACGCAGUAGCAGGGCGACCAACCCUUGGCCCAAGCAGAGAGCCGGAAGCGGAUCCAACCAGCAAGAUCGACACCAUUGAUGCCCCCUCGUCAACACGACCGUACCGCGGCGGUCAUGUUCCAAUAAAGGGAGGCAAACUAACCGUGUUGGCAACCAAGGAGGCAGAUACGAAGGCUGACGGGAUGUCUUGUCAUCAAAGAAAUGUGCCAUCCCGGAAUUCUCUAAACCCUGUUGGCUUAUCCGACAAUACACCAUGCAACUUCCACCAGCCUGAAUUCACAUAA